UACCAAACCUCUCUCUCUCUUUUUUCCCUCCAAAUUUUAGGCAAAAAUGCAGAACCCAUAAUUAUAAAAUCAGAUGCCGGCAAUCCCGCUACUAUGUAUAAUGUAUGUUCUUAACUGGCUACAACCAACCAAAAAAGUAAGGUGUUUUUUUCUCUUCUUUUUUUUGUGGGGAGGGGGUAGGAAGAAGACUUGAGAUGCUUCUAGUCCUAGACUCUUUCCACAUAGAUUGGCUCUCGCUUUAACAGAGCUAGUAGUAGAAAUGCAGUUGUGUUUUUAGUAAGAGGAAAAUGCCUGUAAAUCUCACAUGGUUCAUUUGAAGAAGAAAAAGGAUGGUCUUAAUUCCUACCAUCCAUCCGAGGAGCUCAUAGCUUUGGAUUACAAGAGCGGCAGAGGAUUUCUGUAAUUGCCACAGUGCAUUCAUGAUCCUCGAGGAAUAAUACUACUACUAUCUCGUACCCCUUUUGACUAUAGUCUAAUUGACUCCCUCCAGCUCGACCCUCCUUCCUUGCCAAUUCAAAGCCAAAAAAAAUCUCAUACCACCAUGCUGGAUUCCCUCAAGAUGUACUUGAAGAAUUCUGCUUUGAUCAAGUCAGUAAAAUUCAGUUUCUUGAACCAGUUCAGAAGCUGGAAAAGGAGGAGAUCGAAGGAACUUGAUGCCGAUUUGAGCUGGUUAACUGCUUCUUUUGCUGCCAUGGAAGUAUCCAACCAAUUGAAACAGGUCUUCAAAAUCAUUGACAAGAACGGAGAUGGCAAAAUAUCCCCUCUUGAGCUCAGUGAAGUUCUGCUGAGCCUCGGUCAUGAAAAAUCUUUGGCCACCACAGAAGCUGAAGGCAUGGUAAGAGAAAUGGACUGUGAUGGAGAUGGAUUCGUUGACUUGGACGAAUUCAUGAACGUGAUGGGCGCUGACGAAAGUGAACGAGUUGCUUCUUUUCUUGACAGAGAAGAUGAUCUUGCUGAAGCUUUUCAGAUAUUUGAUGCCGACAAGAACGGAUUUAUAUCAGCUAAGGAGUUGCAGAGGGUUCUGAUCAGCCUUGGAUGCCAAAACUGCAGUCUUAGAGAGUGCCGAAGAAUGAUAAAAGGGGUUGAUAGAGAUGGAGAUGGAAGUGUAAACUUCCAAGAAUUCAAGUCCAUGAUGAGUGCAGGAUGUAGCAGAAAUUAGUUCUAGUUAAUUACUGCGCAGCAGCGUAAGUUGCCUGUGAUAAUCUGUACUUGUUUUUGAGAUCACAACUUGGAUUUAAGUUGCAUUAUCAUAGUCAUUCUUUAAAAAGGAUUAGCUAGGAAGAGUUGAGAGGUUAUCAAGAUGAUGAUCAGCAGCGUGUCAGUCUAACUAUUAAUUAGGAAGAUUAAUUUGGGAUUAGCA